AUGGGUUUAAAAUUUUUAGUGGUUAUUUUAAUAUUAUCAAUAUUUGUAAAUAGUAAUGAAGCCACUAAAACAACAAAAAAUGAUGAUGAUAACUCAUCAUAUGCAACAUUCAAUGAAACACAAUCGUUUUUCGAAGAACUUUUAAUUAAACCAUUACCAAAGGGUAAAUUAAUGACACAUGUACAAUUUACAACAGAGUGGAACUCAAACUUUUUAGAAAAAUCAACUUUUCAACAUUAUGAUUUAUUUCCAAGAUCAAUUGGUGAUUUAAUUACUAGAGUUGGAAUUGAAGAAUUUACAUUAGUUUUCACACAAGGACGUUGGAGUUAUUCAGAAUGGGGUUACCCAGUUAGAGCUGCCCCUGUUGGUGUUGAAUUAAUAGCUUGGAUGAAACCAUUAGAAAAAGGUAUUGAUGCACAAUGGAGAGAAUUAACUCAUUCAUUAUCAGGUUUAUUUUGCGCUAGUAUGCAAUUUUUAUACCAAGUACCACAUCAUACAUCAUCACCAAAUAGAUCAUUUAGACCAGAAGGUGAAUCUAAUAUAUAUAAUUACAAUGGUGGUGAUGAAGAUAGUUUUUCAUCAUCAUCAUCAUCAUCAUCAACAACAACAACUACAACACCAGCUAUUAAAUUAAAUAAUGGUACAAUUGUACCAUUAGAAUUAAGAUAUGGUAUUUUACCAAGAGAAUCAGUUUGUACAGAGAAUUUAACACCAUGGGUUAAAUUGUUACCAUGUCGUGAACAAUCUGGUCUUGGUAAAUUACUUAAUCCACAUAAACUAUAUGAUGUACAUUAUCAUUCAAUGUCAAUAACAAUUAGAAAGAUUUGUAAAAAUAAUAAUAAUAAUAAUAAUACUGAUAAUGAUUCAUCAUGUUUAUCACCAACAUUAGAAAUUGUACAAAGUUUAACAAUUGUAAAUGAUUUAAAUAAUAAUCAACAUCAACAAGAAACAAUUGAAACCAAUUUAGAUAAUUUAUUUGGACUUAAAGGUAAUACUGGUUUAUCAGCAUGUCCAUUAGCUUCUAGAAGUAAAAUUUAUAUUCAAAAACAACCAUCUUUAAAUACAAAUUUAAAAAUUACUAAUAUUGGUGCUAAUAGCAAUAAUAUUGAACAACAGCAACAACAACAACAAAGUGAUAGUUUUAAAAAUGGUGAAAAAGAAACUGAUAAUUUUUAUAUUUACGAUUUAAUGAAAUAUUCAACAAAUAAACCAUUGAAAUUAAAGAUGAAUUGGUCAAAGAAUUUUAAGAGAAAGUUUGAAACACCAGUGGUUGCACAUAGUCAUUUAACUGGCUAUGGUCAAGAACGUGGUGGUAUUGCAACUCAAAUAUUUAAUACUGAAAAUUAUGCAAUCAAUAUAACUUAUUUUCAAGCUAUACCUUGGUAUUUAAGAUUAUAUUUUCAUACUCUUAAAUUUAAUAUUGAAACAAGUGGUGAAAAAUCAAUUGAUAACACCAAUAGAAAAGAAGAUUCACCAUUUUUAUUAUAUAAAAAUAUUUCACCAGCCGAAACUAGAUCAUCACCAUCAACUAUUGAAUUAUCAUUUGAAAUGCCACCAAAUUCUGUAGCUUCAAUGUCAAUAGAAUUCGAUAAAGUAUUUUUACAUUAUACUGAACAUCCACCCGAUGCAAAUAGAGGUUUCGAUUUAGGUUCUGGUGUUGUGACUGCUUUCAUAAAAUCAUCAAAUGCUAAUGAAGGUGAUGCAAUUCAUUUAGAAUGGUCAAAUGAAACUUAUAAUAAUAAUAAUAAUAAUAACAAUAAUAACAAUAAUAAUAAUAGGAACAAUGAUAAAUCAUCAAUAAUACCUGUUAGAAUUUAUACAGAAGGUUUAUUAAUAACAUUACCAACACCAGAUUUCAGUAUGCUUUACAAUGUAAUUACACUCACUGGUACUGUUUUCGCUUUGUUUUUUGGUUCAAUGAUUAAUAUUCUCAUUAGAAGAUUUAAAAAUACUUUUACUGGAAAUGACUUUGUUUCUGAUCGUCCAAUCGCAAAGAUUUAUAGAAGGAUUUUAAGAUUCAUUGAUGGUAAAUAA